GCCGCAGGCGACGACAGGGGCGGCAUCCAGCUGGACGGCUCCAUCUUCAGCGUGCGCUCGGAUGGCGACUUCGACAUGUCCAACCGGACCGUCUUCUUCAGGCCCUUCCGGAGCGGUAGCAAGGAGUCGUACGUCUACAGCGUGGUCGACACCACCGUGGAAAAGACCCUGAGCCCCGUUGAGCUCAAGCGGGACCACGUGCGCUUGAGCUUGGGAG